CAAAACCUCCCACCCGCAAACGCUGCUCCUAAACCCUAGCUGCUAGCUCACUCUCGCGAUCAGAGCGGCGGCGGCGCAUCUCGUGGUGCGGGGGCAGGACGGUAUCAAGGAGCGCCGGCAACUCCGCGUCUCCGGCAGGUACAGCCUGCAACGGAAUUCAUUGUUCAAUGGCGGCCUUCAACAAGCUCGGCAGCCUUCUAAGGCACAGCGCUCUGACAGCUGGUGCCCCCACCAGCUCGUCUCCUGCAUUGUUCAAUGCUGCUCGGCUUAUGUCCACCAAGCUUUUCGUUGGUGGUCUUUCCUGGGGUACCAAUGACCAGUCCUUGAGAGAAGCAUUUGGCAGCUUCGGAGAGGUUACUGAAGCACGGGUGAUCACAGACAGGGAGACUGGAAGGUCAAGAGGCUUUGGCUUUGUGAACUUCAGCAAUAGUGAUGAUGCCAAGGAGGCUGUGACUAAAAUGGACGGUCAGGAACUAGAAGGACGCAGUGUCCGUGUGAACUUUGCUAAUGAAAGGCCUGCUGGGAACCGUGGUGGUGGUGGCUAUGGUGGUGGCGGCUAUGGAGGCGGCGGCUAUGGUGGUGGCGGCUAUGGUGGUGGCAACCAAAGCUAUGGUUCUGGAGGGGGCCAGGAUGCCUUCUAAGAAGUGCUUGCUAACAAUCGAAAUAUUUGAAAUAAUGAACUUUAGGACCUGAUGCGGGGCACAUGUGAAGCCCUAUCAUGUUUUAUUACUUCGAGUUAUGCUAUAUGGAAUCGUUGAACUGCUAGGUGCAAUUCAGGGGCUACCGAGCUUUGCCUAUGGGUAGUUUUGAAGAACGCAAGGGCCGUGUGUACCUUGUGAGGAACAUAAUUUGCGCACAUUACUUUAGAUACCUUUCUAUUGCAAUGUGUACAGAAGUAUGAUUUAUUGAGGUGCGUUGUAUUCUGGUUGCUUACUUGCUUA